CUGCAUGUUGAUCAUGUGUUGAUCAUACUGUAUGUUGAUCAUGUGUUGAUCAUACUGUAUGUUGAUUAUGUAUUGAUCAUACUGUAUGUUGAUCAUGUGUUGAUCAUACUGUAUGUUGAUCCUGUGUUGAUCAUACUGUAUGUUGAUCAUGUAUUGAUCAUACUGUAUGUUGAUCAUGUGUUGAUCAUACUGUAUGUUGAUCAUGUAUUGAUCAUACUGUAUGUUGAUCAUGUGUUGAUCAUACUGCAUGUUGAUCAUGUAUUGAUCAUACUGUAUGUUGAUCAUGUAUUGAUCAUACUGUAUGUUGAUCAUGUGUUUAUCAUACUGUAUGUUGAUCAUGUAUUGAUCAUACUGUAUGUUGAUCAUGUGUUGAUCAUACUGCAUGUUGAUCAUGUGUUGAUCAUAAUGUAUGUUGAUCAUGUGUAUUGAUCUCCUUCUUGUCUGUAUUCCAGAUGAACCGACCCAUCCAGGUAAAACCAGCUGACAGCGAGGGGAGAGGAGAAGACAGGAAGUUGUUUGUGGGCAUGCUGGGUAAACAGCAGAGUGAUGAAGACGUCAAGAGGCUGUUUGAGCCCUUUGGCACUAUAGACGAGUGUACUGUACUACGGGGGCCAGACGGCACCAGUAAAGGUUGUGCGUUUGUGAAGUACCAGGGACAUGCUGAAGCUCAGGCUGCCAUUAGCACCCUGCAUGGGAGCCGCACACUGCCUGGUGCGUCGUCCAGUCUGGUGGUGAAGUUUGCCGACACAGAGAAGGAGAGAGGGCUGAGACGGAUGCAGCAGGUGGCAUCACAGCUGGGCAUCUUCAGCCCCACCAUGACACUUAACUUCCCUGCUUACAACGCUUACACACAGGCUGUCAGUGCACAGGCAAUUGUCCAGCAGCAAGCUCUGGUUGCUCAGUCAGCGUACCUGUCUCCUGUAGCAACUGUUGCCAGUUUACAGAUGCAGCAGAUGGCAGCGCUCAACGCAAACGGAAUCAUCGCCACGCCCAUCACAUCUUCCUCUGAGUCUAGUAGCUGUCAAUCACAAUAUCUCCUCCACUGUGAUUGGUCCUCCCGGUUUGCAGGUACGAAUACCCCUCCAACCAUCUCAGCCACGCCCGUGCCAUCACUACCUCCACCUCUAGGAGUCAAUGGUUACAGUCCACCAACCAAUGGACAGCAAGCAUCAGAAGCACUAUACACCAAUGGCAUUCAUGCGUACCAAGCCCAGAGUCCAGCAUUAUCUCUAGAUCCUCUCCAGCAGGCGUAUGCAGGCAUGCAGCACUACACAGCGGCGUACCCUGCUGCCUAUGGAUUGGUCGGCCAGCAUUUUCCACAGCAACCUACCCUGGUUGCCCAGCAACACCAGCAGCCCCAGCAACAGCAGCAGCGAGAAGGGCCGGAGGGUUGUAAUAUCUUCAUCUACCACCUGCCUCAGGAGUUCAGUGACAGUGAGAUGCUCCAGAUGUUUCUGCCCUUUGGAAACGUCAUCUCAGCUAAAGUCUUUGUAGACCGCGCCACCAACCAGAGCAAGUGCUUCGGUUUUGUGAGUUUUGACAACCCAUCCAGUGCCCAGACUGCCAUCCAGGCUAUGAAUGGGUUCCAGAUCGGCAUGAAGAGACUCAAGGUGCAGCUGAAACGACCUAAAGACGCCAACCGCCCCUACUGAAGGAGAGAGAGAGAGAGAGAGAGGGGUGAGAAGUGAUAGGGGCUGGGAAAGAGAGAGGGAGGAGAAAGAAUGUGUGGAUAGAGGGAUGGAGGAAUGGAAGGCAAUAAAAGGGAAGAAGGGAAUGAGGGAGGAGACAGGAGGGUAGAAGAGAAGGUAGGAGAGAGGAGGGUAGAAGAGAAGAGGGGAGGAGAGAGGAGGGUAGGAGAGAGGAGUAUGGGAGAGAGGAGGGUAGAAGAGAGGAGGGUAGGAGGCAGGAGAGAGGUGGGGAGGAGAGAGGAGGGGAGGAGGGUAGGAGAAAGGAGGGAAGGAGAGAGGAGGGUAGGAGAGAGGAGGGUAGGAGGAAGGAGAGAGGAGGGUAGAAGAGAGGAGGGUAGGAGAGAGGAGGGUAGGAUGCAGGAGAGAGGCGGAGAGGAGAGAGGAGGGGAGGAGGGUAGGAGAAAGGAGGGUAGGAGAGAGGAGUAUGGGAGAGAGGAUGGUAGAAGAGAGGAGGGUAGGAGGCAGGAGAGAGGUGGGGAGGAGAGAGGAGGGGAGGAGGGAGGAGGGGAGGAGAAAGGAGGGUAUGAGAGAGGAGGGGAGGAGGGUAGGAGAAAGGAGGGUAUGAGGGAGGAGAGAGGAGGGUAGAAGAGAGGAGGGUAGGAGGAAGGACAGAGGAGGGUAGAAGAGAGGAGGGUAGGAGAGAGGAGGGAGGGUAGGAGGCAGGAGAGAGGCGGAGAGGAGAGAGGAGAGAGGAGGGUAGGAGAAAGGAGGGUAGGAGAGAGGAGUAUGGGAGAGAGGAUGGUAGAAGAGAGGAGGGUAGGAGGCAGGAGAGAGGUGGGGAGGAGAGAGGAGGGGAGGAGGGAGGAGGGUAGGAGAAAGGAGGGUAUGAGAGAGGAGGGGAGGAGGGUAGGAGAAAGGAGGGUAUGAGGGAGGAGGGUAGAAGAGAGGAGGGUAGGAGGAAGGAGAGAGGAGGGUAGAAGAGAGGAGGGUAGGGUAGGAGGCAGGAGAGAGGCGGAGAGGAGAGAGGAGGGUUGGAGUGAGGUCGGGGAGGCGUGUAAGAGAGAAGUGAUGGGAAGGAGGAGGGAUAUUUGGGUUUGGGGAGGAAACAGGAAAGAUUGACAAUGGAGUUUAUGCAAGCUGCUGUCAGUCACAGCUUUCUAAAAAGCUGAUUGGUGAAAGGGCUAUAUGACGAGAGUGGGCGGGAUCUUAAUUAAAUAAGCAGUGCAUAUGUGGUAAAGAAUAUUAAACACAUGAAAUAACAAAAAAAUGCUUUGUAGGUAGUUCAAUCAUUUAGAGAUAUUGUAGCCAAAUUAAUCAAAACUAAAUUAUUGAAAUAUUGUUAUCCAACUUUAUAUUUUUUAUUUAUUUUUAUUUUCUGAUGUUUUUUAAUCUUUUCCUGAAACAACAACAUACCUCACCCGAGAUCCUCCCGUCCAAUCAUAAUUCGCGGGGAUCCCAUCACUAUGGUUACCUAGCGACUGAUAAAGCCCCGACCCCCCUUCCUCUCACGUGUUGUGAAGUUUUCAGACUCCGGCCGUGGUGGAAUCCCAGCGUGCAUUGCACCCUCAGACCUACUACCUUUCUUUUGAGCGACGGGAAACAGCACACACACACACACACAAACACCACACUCACACACACCACACACACAUUGCACUCUAAAAUGACCAAGGCACAGAUAUUGACCAAUGUACAUAUUAUAGUCCUCACAAACACAAACACUCACAUACUUUCAAAUACAUAUAUGUCAGUAAUCGUACCCAUUGAACUGGACUCAGUUUGAAAAUGGUUUGUGAGGAGUUUGUCUGGAGUGUGUAGGGCAGUGAAAAUCACACACCUACACGACCCAGGAAGUACUUACUAAAGUCAUUGAUGAGAUGAUGAAUAAUGGUGAUAUAUCACUUCUUUGGACCAGAACAUGUCAUAUUACAUGACUAUUACAUGUGUAUAACAUGAUACAAAUAGGAAGGCCUCCAUUUCGUAAUAAAAAAAGGAAAACAGGAAAAAAUAUUGAGACAAAAUGAGUGGUUUAGAGAAACUUUGGAGAGAGAUCCUUAUGGCCUGUAAAUAAUUUAGUUUAAGAAGAGUAACAUUUAGAAACUUACAAAAGAACGCAAAAAGAAGAGUACUUUAGAUAAAUCACUGAAAAAUGACACAAUAUUAUUACUAUUAUUGUUAUUAUUAUUAUUAUCUUCGUUAGGGGAUAUUUUAUUAGAAAUAAAGAAAUGGGAGAAUCACAAACAUAUUUUCAAUUUCUACUUAGAUUUUAGGAUAAAUGUGGUGGGAGGGAUUGCACCUUUUCUGAGAGGUUUUAAUAUUUUAACAAUUUUUUAUUUAUUGAGUAAUUUAUCAAUUAUUUUUGUUAAUAGGGAGAAAUGAUGAAGGGUUUAACGGGGUUACGAGUUUCUGAUUUUAGAAUUUUUUUAGAGCAAAAAAGGGUCUGUUUCUGUCAGACUCUGUCAGAGUAAUUAUAAUUAUGAAUGAAUUAUUACAACAAUGAUAUUUAUUUCUUAUUUAUUGAGUCUGUUUUUGAUCCAAUCUCUUUUUAAGUUAAAAUAAAAAGUAUUAUACAUCAAA